AUGGUUUCGGAGGCCCGGCCGGGGCCGGCGCGGCUCGCGCUCCCUCUCGGGCUCCGGCUGCGGGGCGGCCCGCUCUCCUCGGCGCCUUGGCGGUCUCCUUUUCCUCCUGGAGCCAAGGCCCUGGCCGGGGCCUGGAGAGCGCGCGCGGCUGGAGCACUGUCUGCGCACACGGCCGCCUCACCCGUCCAUGAGCCCGGCUUCCGAGAGCCGAGUCGCAGCGGCCCCCUCUCCUCCUCCUCUUCCUUCUCUUCUUCCUCCUCCCCCUCCUCUUGCUGCGGCUCCUCCCGGCCCGAGCUAGCACUUCUCCCGGCUUCGCUCGGCUCGGCUUCCCCGGAGCGGACCACGACUCCUCCGGAGCGAGAACAGCCCAGAAGUUGGACGAAAAGUUUCAGUGCAUCACCGCGAACCCCGACCCCCUCCACCCCGCCUCCGGGCGCGGGCUCCGAUUCCAGCCCGCGGCUCGCCGCUGCGUCCACCGUCGGCCACCGGCCGGAGAGGAGGUGGGCGCUGGGGCGGGGGGCGGUGUCUGUCUGUCUGUCCGUCAGCGCUGCUGGUCCGAUGCGGGAUCCAGAGGGGGAGGGCUCACGCUGCGCUCCGGCGGUCACCCCAAAAAGCAGGUCACUCACUUUGCCCCUGUCCCUCUCGUUGAUCGCUGGCUCCCGCGUUUCCCGACCAAGUGCCGCUGCUGCCGCUUUGCAGCCCCGCGGCCCCAACCCUCUGCGCUCCUCACCGCUUCCAGCCGACUUUAAAAAAAAAAAAAAAAUGCCUGGCUCCUCCUCCCGCCCCGCCCCGGGGCGGAGACAGAUCAAGCCUUGCCUCCAGUCCCUCCGGCCCCAGGCGCCUGCUGAUGCUGCCCUCCCAAGUUCAUCUAGCUCGAACGAGCGCUUCCCUGUGGUGACCGAGCGCCCCCUAGUGGCUACUGUCUGA